AUGGGGUGUUGUUGUAGCAAACCGGCGACGGGUGCUGAUGAGAGCAUAAAGGAAGGUAUGGUACCUUUGGAGGUUAAGAAGGACAAAAAGAAAUUCCCUGAGGACGUGAGUUUUGCUCGUUUUUUAAAUUUUUUUGUAAAAUGUGGUAAAUCUUACACUGCCAUACCUUUUUUAUGUACGUUAUCUUUAUGUACCUUAAGCUUCUCCAGACUUUCAGACCGAGUCCACGCAGCAAACUGACCCCGAGACCAAGCGGUCCAACGAGAAACUGUCAGCCGAACCAAUCGACGACAAGGUCGAGAAGUCGAAAUCGACCAAAAAGUCGAGCAAACGUGCCUCGUUGAAGGUUACGAAAGACUCCAACAAGGUCGUCAAGUCAGGCAACAAAAAGUCCAAUUCCAAGUCAAAGAAAGAAAAGGAAAAGAAGGCCCAGUCUAAGCCGGCCAGCUCCAUCAAUAACACCGACCGCGAGUAUCGAUGUUGGUACACUGUGAGUUUUUGGAGGCUUUUAGGUAUUUUGGGUAUUGGUGAGAUUGUAAUUUCAAAAUUUUAAAAUAAGCUCUGAAGUUUUAAAAUUUUUGAAAAAAAAAUCCACAGGGGGGAGCAAGCUGAGUUUUUUCAAAUUUUUAAAACAUUUUAAAUAUGGCGCGCCUGAAUGAGACAAAAUUGAUAAAAUGUUGUCAAAAACUAAUAAAGGUCUUACUGGUACUUAAUUUUAAAAAAUUUUUUGUCCUACUGAUUCUCUUUUUACAAAAACCUUUAAAUUUUCGAAUGUACAGUUUUUUUUCAGGAAAUGCGAAAGCGGUUUCCUGAGAAGACUGACAACACUCAACCGACAUCAGAAGCAAAGAGUAAGUUUAUAUAAUAUGUAUAUUGUUUUCAAUACAGCUACAUAAUAUUGUUGUACAGUAAAUACAUUUUUUUAUAUUUUUAGCAAUUUUAUCACUAUUUUUAUGAAAUGUUAGGCCUUUUUCAACUUUUUGUUUUUGAAAUUUAAAAUUUUCUAACUUGGGAUACUUUGUAAACUAAAAAAAGUUAGUUUUAAGUUAAUCAAAACUGUAAUUUUUUUAGAUGAUGAAGGAGAAGACAACGGGGGUGAGGAAGGUUGA